AAUGUUCAAAAAAUUAUUUGCUUUAGGUCUUGGAGGAAGUUUAAUAAAUUAUAGUAUUAAAUGUUGUGGAAUAAUUGGUGUAUUAACUACAGAAGAUAAUGCAGAAAAAGUUAUUUUUGAAGGAGUGUAAUUAUUAUAAAAUAGAGGUUACGAUUCUGCAGGUAUAGGUACUAUCAAUAAAUAAAAGGAAGUAAUGAUAUUUAUAUAUUAAAUAGUUAAUAAUAUCAAAGCAUGCAAGUGAUUAAAUAAACAAAAUAGAUUGCUUCGUAAAAUUAAAUCAAGAAUUAUAGAAACAUAUUCAAAGUUAAGUUGGAAUAGGACAUACAAGAUGGGCGACUUGUGGAAGCAAAACUGAUAAUAAUGCUCAUCCCCAUUCAGAUAUUACAAAAAGGAUAGCAUUAGUUCAUAAUGGAACAUUAGAAAAUUAUGUAGAAUUAAAAGAAGAGCUUAUUUAAAAAGGGAUUUAAUUUACUUCAGAAACAGAUUCAGAAGUAAUAGCCCAACUGAUAGGAUUAGAAAUAUAGAAGCAUAAUUUUUUAGAAGCAGUUGAAUCUGUCUUAACAAAAUUGAGAGGAUAAUGGGGUCUAGCAGUGAUUGAUAGAGAAAAUCCUGCAUAAAUGAUUGUAUGUAGAUAAGGAAGUCCACUUUUAGUAGGAUAUGCUGCUAAUAGUAUAUUUGUAGCAAGUGAAAAGAUUGCAUUUGAGAAAUAUACAUAAAAUUAUAUAGCAUUAUAAGAUGGUGAAGUAAUGCUAUUGUAAUUAGAGAAUAGAAAUUAAUUAUAUAAUCAAAUAAAACAUAGAUUAAUUUUUAAUGAGAAUUAAGAAGUUGAAUAAAUACACUUAAAACCAAAAUAACCAUAUUAAACAUUUUUUGAAAUGGAAAUAAAUGAAUAACCAAAUAGUCUUUUAAGAUGUUUAGGAAAUGGAGCAAGAUUAGCAGGUUUUUCUGAUUGUUCAAAAUUGGGAGGAUUAGAUAUGAAAGAAAAAGAACUUUGUGAAAUUAAACAUCUAAUUUUGAUUGGAUGUGGUAGUAGUUUUAAUGCUGCUUAAAGUGUUUUACCAAUAUUUAAAAAUUUUAGAACUUUUGAAAGUGUUUAAGCAAUUGAAGCAAGUGAAUUUCAAAUUUAUGAUUUACCAUAUUCAUAAGUAGGAAUAAUAUUUAUAACAUAAUCUGGUGAAACUAAAGAUAUUGUAAGAGUUUUGAAUCUAGCAAAAUAAUAAGGAGUUACUACAAUAGGAGUGUAAAAUUAUGAUAUUAAUUUAUUAGUGUAAAUGUUGUUGGAUCAUUAAUAGCAACUAAUGUAGAUUGUGGAGUUUAUUUGAAUUCUGGAAGAGAAGUAGCAGUAGCAGCAUCAAAAUCAUUUACUUCUUAAACUACAGCUCUAAUAUUAAUAGGAUUGUGGUUUAGUUAUUAUAAAGAAAAGAAUAAUUAUUUGCCAUAAAAUAUAAAGAUGAAACCUUUAAGAGAGAAAUAUGUUACAUAAUUGAGAAUGUUACCAAUGGUAUUUGGAUAAGGGAUUGUAGAAUGUUAAGCUUCUGUUAAAUUAGUUGCUAAAAUAUUGUAAACAAAAUAAAGUUUAUAUAUAUUGGGUAAAGGAUCUAAUUAUGCAAUUGCAAGAGAAGGAGCUUUAAAAAUCAAAGAAUUAACUUAUAUACAUGCAGAGGCUUUUGCUUCAGGAGAAAUGAAACAUGGACCAUUAGCAUUAAUUGAUUCUUCAAAAGAGAAAGAAACAGCAAUAAUAUUAAUAAUUUUAGAUGAUGAAUUCAUUUAAGAUAUGAAACUAUCUUUAAGUGAAGUUAAUUCUAGAAAUGCUAGAACUAUAGUAAUUACUGAUUCUGUAUAGAGUUUAUCAAAUACAAUGAAUAAGAUUGAUCAUUUAAUUUAGAUUCCAAAAAUUGGAGAAUAAUUAAAUUGGUUAUUAAGUGUUAUUGUAUUCCAAUUAUUAGCAUUAGAAAUAUGUUAUCUCUAAGGAAUUGACCCUGACAAACCCAGAAACCUUGCCAAAACAGUUACUGUCGGUUGAUAU